CCAUACAGGGAUAGAGAGAGUGACAGAGAGAGAGAGCACGUCUGAGAGAGAGGGUCUGCAUACAGCCUACCCGGGACAGAAUGAUAAAACAGUCGGCAGGCUUUGGAGUGUAAGAUUGUUUGUCAACUGACUACUAACACAACUGCAACGGAGGAUGCUGAUGUGAGGAGAGCAAGAACUCUGCAUUGUACCACAAAAGGGACUCUCUUUGUUUGCACAGAACAGAGCAGCAAUUGAUGAGUUCUGUAUCUUAGACUGUCUAGUCAUGGGUGACGGUGGGGAACUUACUGAAUAGAUUCCCAGUGCUGCAUCAUGGUUCAGCACAGGAGCCACAAAUACUCAUCAGUCAUGGACGGCAAUUCCAGCAGAGAGGCGGCAGAUGAUGACGCUGAGGUGUUUGGACACGUACCCUCCAACAAAGACCCCAACUGGUGCAAAACUCCUACUGGGCACAUCAAGAGACCGAUGAACGCUUUUAUGGUAUGGUCUCAGAUUGAAAGAAGAAAGAUCAUGGAACAGUGGCCUGACAUGCACAACGCUGAGAUUUCAAAGCGCCUUGGAAAACGUUGGAAGCAACUUCCCGAUUAUGAAAAGAUACCCUUUAUUAAAGAGGCAGAGAGGUUGCGUCUCAAGCACAUGGCCGAUUACCCCGACUACAAAUACCGUCCCAGGAAGAAGAGCAAGUGCAUCGCCCCUGUGAAACUUGAGGAGAAGCUUCCGCUGAAAUUUAGCAAGCCCCAUUCAGGAAGAUCUCCUGGGCUCUCCGGCAAAGGGCUCAAAAUCAAACCCCGCAAGCAUAAAAUGAACUUCAACAGCAAUAAAUACAAGAGCUACAGCGAGAGCGACGAUGACACAAUGGAUGUAAACUUAGACUUAAGUCCAGGGGUGCUACAAGAUGAUCACAACCGGUCGAGUCACUUUGUCCGUCACCAGCAGGCUACAAACUCUUCUGAGGACCAGCAACCAUUACCUGAACUCAGAGAGAAAGUGGCCAUCUCCGAAACCAGCAACAUCCAGAGUCUCCCUUCUCAAAAAGACUGCCAGGCUGCCCCGAAGACCCCGUUGUGCAAGCCAAGGGGAUCGACCUCAGGGAGAUCCUCCACGCCGACCUCCACCAGCUCCUCCUCUUUAGUUUCUUCGGCCUGUUCAGACGAAGAAUUGGAGGAGGAACUCUUGCAUAUCAUAUCUAACAGUAUGCCUAUGGACUGCUCCACUCUGGACAAAGACUUUGAAGCAUUUCAUGCCAACUCAGGAUCCCAUUUCGACUUUCCCGAUUACUGCACUCCAGAGGUGAACGAAAUGAUUUCUGGAGACUUGCUCGUGCCCAGCAUCUCAGACCUAGUGUUCACUUACUGAAGUGUAAUGUGACUGCCUGCAUAGCUGCCAAUUCGAAAAAUCAGAGGUCUUGAAAACAUUUGGUCCAUGUCGUACUUGGACGAUUCCUUUUUCCAUGUGUUUAUUUUUCUCAAUGAAUUCCGUAAGUGCUAUUGCUUUUCCGUUCCAAGCAUGUCACAUCUUGUUGGUUUAGCUAAGAGACACGCAGGGCUGCAAGGGAGAGGAAAAUGUUCGAUUUUAGCGUUUUUGGAAAGACAUUUGAGAGGCAGCUGGGUGUAAUUUUCAGUGACAGGAAACAAAGUUUUAUGAGCUGUCUUGAUAAAUGUUUUAAAGCUAACAUUAAUGUCUCGGAGCAUCUGAUGGGCAGCGGUAAAGCUCAGAUCAGUUCCAGACGAAGAUCUGUAUCUAUUUAAUAUCUAGCCAUGUAAUUUUCAUGACAGCUCAUAACAUUGAUGCCGUUGUGCUUCAUCUAAAUCUCAAUAAUGUCCAAGAAGUGUCUAUGAAUGAUUCCGACUUUAUAUACGGUGUCUGCCGGUACAUUAACAUAAAAAAAUCCAAGGGUGCAAAUGAUGAAAGGAAGUUUAGUGAAAAUCGUUCAUGAGAAGCUUAUUAAAAUCUGCAGCCCUUGUAAGUCACACGGUACAGCAUCUGUAAUGCGGCAACCUAGCGGAGAAAAUCAUGGCAGCACAUAAUUCAUUUCAUAUUCUUUAAUUAGGUAAUAGCACUUUCAUUGCCUCGCCAUUGCCGCAGACUUUGAGGAACACGUGUGAUUUAAAGGCAGCUCUCCAUCGGCCCUGCGUGCAGGUGUGUGUGUGAGUCUGUUGUGCCUAAACUGUUUGAACUGUGGACAGAGGGUUUGGGGUAUGGGGGUUGGUUCUUUCAGGAAACUGUGCAUCUGUCCAUGCAGCUUUUAUGCAGGGGUCGGACCCUGCGCUCACUGAGCGUCUGCUGGGGGUGGGCAGGCACGGGGGGGGCCUCACGCACCGGUUUGCACGUUGUGUCUGCAGCCCGGCUGCAGCUGCCCCAAACAGGGCGAGAAAUCUGUGUCUGCCAGCUGGCCCCCAUUGACUCUCUCAGGGAUUGCUUGUCUAGGUCCUAGUGCCUCCCGUAGGUAAUUCAUCUGUGAUGAUCUGUGUGUCGCUCUCCUGGAGAAACCAUCUGAAGUCAAGCGAGGUGACGGCCUGAUUUCUCAUUGGGUUUUCGACAGGAUUCAUCUCUUUCUUUCACCAACAAGCUCUUAGUAAUUUCAGAGACUGGCAUUAUUUACUUCCCACCAACAGAGGAGACAACAGACCCUGCAGUUCAUUUCUUACAUAAACUGUUAAUCCUUUCUCGAUUCCUGAAGCCUGGUGGAAAUGCAGCGUCAAGCUGUGCAGCUGAAAGUUAGGAACCUAAAAUGAAAAGGACCUGCUGUUUGUUUGCUCUUGGUUUAACCACACUGUUUGGACCACGAAAUAACUGCUUUUGUGACAAAGACAACAGAGGCACAAAUAGUCUCCAUCUUGCUGUGUUCCUUACUGUAGGAAAGAGUUGACUGAGCUAGUUCUUAAUUUUUCUACUUCUACUAGUUUUACCAACCUGUUUUUAGGAAAUGCUGUUAAGUGAUGCCACAUUAUGAGAUGAAAUUACACACAAUUCAGGUAUCUGUACUUCAAUGAAAAGUGAAAUGUCUAUAAACAUGAGCGAGGACAGGAAAGGGAAACACAGUCUGUGAAACAGGAGGCCUUCUUCAUCGAACACAAAACAGAAAGAAAAUGCCUCAACGCAUAUGUACAGUUCAGAAUGAUUUAGUGCUUUAAAAGAAAAGCUGAAAGGCUGGCAUUUUAAAUGCUCAAAGUUGUAGGACAUUUAAGAAAUCUCAAGUUACUGGACAUUUUCAUUCCUGUAAGGCCCAGGUGAUGGACACCAUCAAUUUGUGAUCCAAUUAGGUUAGUUGUAUUAUGGAAAACCAAAAUGAUGUUUGCAUGUGUCAUUUCAAGGAUAGCGAAUAGGUUAAACAAAUGCUUGGGCCUCCAAAAAUCAUCAGGGAAAUUAUUUCAGGACUGCGAUUUAUACAGAGAUUCUGACUGAAUCUAAUCGCCACAACUGAAGUUCACACACAGGGACAACUUUUUUGCAUUAAGAUGUCAAUCAAACCUCUAUACAAUACAUACACUAUUGAAAACUGUAACAGGUUACACACUGAACCAACACCAGCAGACAAAAAAAAUCGGACUCAGGACAAAAUACAUCAUCCUACUGUGGAUCUGCUUCUAUUCAAGUUGUGCACUCCGAUUGGCCAUUGUACGUUAUUGUAGAUGAUCUGCAGUAUAAUUGUAUGUAGCAUCGAAGGUCAACCUGCAAGGUUGUACCUUUUGAAAUAUUAAAUAUUUUAAAAUGCCAUGAUAUUUCUUUUGGGUGCAUUUUUCAGCUGUGAAUAAAACAUUUAUUUAAAUGUGCUAAAAUGGGCAUUUUACAAGUACACUCUGUCAGCAUAUUUUUGUUUGGCUCUUACAAUUCUGAUUGUGUCAUUUAUAUAUUUAACAUUUUCGAAAAAGCACGAGAAAAUGGGGCAGACACAUCACAGAUGGGCUCAAGCAAAUUAGUGUCAAAGUGAUAAAUGCAGAAAGCUGUAUAUAACUGAAGCGGUGUAAAAAUACCCAUCUGGUCUGCACCUCCUGCUCUGGGCUGGCGAUUAAUGAAUAGCGUUCAGUGAGACUGAAAGCCAAGGACAAUGCUAAUUUCACACAGGCCAGACUCAGCUUUGCUAAACCUGUCAUAUGUGAAGCAUGUGAUUUCGCAGAGCAAUACAUGUAUGUCAGAAACCUGCUGUCAACGGGCUGCCAGAAUCACCAAGAGCCCAAUGAACUGCAACCAGUGAAGUGCUGGACACAUUUGAUCAGCUCUAUAUCAAAAAGCUGAUCUAUACGGAAUCUGGCAGAAGAUUUAAAAUAAAACAGUGUUAAACAAAAUUAAGUAUAUACAUUCAUCAUGAGCUUUACUGUUUGCUUUUUCAGGUCCAAAGCUAAUUUAUAUUAUUAGCACUGGUGCUAUUUCAUUUGGUACAAACUGUAACAUUAGCAAUCUUUUAGGUCUGAUCCCAUUUGAAUGUGACAAGGAUUUGAGAUUCUCAGUAACCAGCUGAUACACUCUUGAACAGAAAUAAUAUGUGACCAAACUACGGCCUUGUUGCUUCAUUUAAGUAAACUCUGUUCUACAACCUAUUGAGGUCUGUCUCCAUUGAAGUGACUGAACUCAGCAAGCAACACAAAUGGGAUGUUUUAAUUUAAUGCAAAUAAUUUUAAGAGAAUUUGACAUAUACCAUGGAGCUAAACAACUGAAGCGAUACACAAUUAAUAAACAUAAAAUAGAAAACACAACAAAACAUUGGGUAAAAUAAUAAAAUGUUAUUUGUAAUAGAUAAACAUUUACAUUCCAUCAUCUUUGCUUCUUUUAAGUGCAUUAUGGGAUUGCUAUCACUGCAAAGUACACAUGA